GAUGAGAUCGCGCAGCAGCGGCACCAGGAGAGAAACGCCAGAAAAGACUGAGCUGGAUCGAGAGGCUUUCCCACCUGAUAUUAGGGAAUGGCUUCACUGAGGUGCAGCUUGACAGAAACCUUUCAGGAAGCCGCUGCAGUUUGAGGGCGCGGUUGUGACCCCACACCGUCACGGAUCGCUUGGACAGUCACACAAUCAAAUCUCCAACUAGCACAGCCGCCCGUUGGGCACCGUACCUGAACCUACAACUUGUCCUGGAUGUACUGCAAAACAUUGAGACUGGAAAGUCAGCAGGGAUUCAUCGCCCAGGAACAAAACAGACGAUCGCAAGUGUGCUCUGCUCAAACGGAAAAUGAGAUACUGAAGUGUCCGGAAGUUUCUGAAUCCCAACCAAGCUCCUUCCGAGAGGACCCAAGCGUCCUGAGGUGACAGGGGUAGUGGGGAGGGAGCGGGAAUCCAGCCAGGCUGCAGCAUGGAGAACUCCAGGGAUCACUUGGAUCUGGCUUACAUUGUUAUCGAGGUGCUGAUCGCUGUAGCCUCGGUGCUGGGCAAUGUGCUGGUCUGCUGGGCGGUCAGGAUCAACCGUGCCCUUCGAGACACCACCUUCAGCUUCGUCGUCUCGCUGGCUCUGGCUGAUAUCGCCGUGGGGGCUUUGGCAAUCCCCGUAGCCAUCACUAUCAGCCUGGGCUUGAAGACACAAUUCUACAGCUGUCUCUUUAUCACCUGCAUUCUGAUCACGUUGACUCAGAGCUCGAUACUAUCCCUUCUGGCUAUUGCUGUGGAUCGCUAUCUUCGAGCUAGGAUCCCCACCAGAUAUAAGAUUAUUGUUACACAAAAGAGAGCAUGGAUUGCUGUUGGAAUCUGCUGGCUUGGAUCUAUUCUGAUUGGACUAACUCCAAUGUUUGGCUGGCACAACAGAAGCUAUGGAGAGGUGCAAAAGGAAGAAAUGAAUUCCAGCUACAAAUACAUCAUAUGCAAAUUUACAAAGGUGAUCAGAAUGGACUACAUGGUGUAUUUUAAUUUCUUUGGAUGGGUACUCUUGCCACUAGUCAUCAUGUUUUGCCUGUAUGCUGAAGUAUUUUGUAUAAUUAGGAAGCAACUAAACAAGGUGACAAAUCCUAUGGACUCAAGGAAAUAUUUUGGGAAGGAGCUUAAACUUGCCAAGUCCCUUGCUUUAGUUUUAUUCCUGUUUGUUGCCUGCUGGAUCCCCUUGCACGCCAUGAACACUGUAUGGUAUUUUUGCCCCCAGUGCAGUAUUCCAAAAACUGCCUUCUAUGUCGGAAUAUUUCUGUCCCAUGUAAAUUCAGCUGUGAAUCCAGUGAUAUAUGCUUUCAGGAUAAAGAAGUUCAGGACAUCAUUUCUUAAAAUUUGGAAUAAGUAUGUUUUAUGUAAAAAAGGAAACUUAAGUACGUAUAGUUUUGAUGGCCAAAUUGUAACGGAAAACAAUUUUAAUAGUAGUGUGUGAUUGUACUUUUGAGGAAAAGACUUGCAUUUUUUUUAAUAAAUGCAAAGAAAAGUUGUAAUAGAGUUCUAUCACACAGCCCUAAUUUAACGGCAUGAACUGUUAAACUGCAUGAUGCAAGAAAAUUUAGGACAAUUUAUAUUGUGAAUUGUCACCACCUUCCAUUGUAAAUGGGAUUUCAAAACAAAGUACCUCAGAUAAAAAUAAACACAAUAAAAGCAAGAUACUGCAGAUGUUGGAAAUCUGAAACAAG